UGGCCAAACAAAGACAGUCUCAAAAUGAUUCUGUUAUGGGUCACACUUCUUCUCCUUCAUCAAGGAUAUGGUUUGGUUCCAGUGAUCACAGCUCAUCUUGGUGAAACAACAACACUUACAUGCAAGUUGCCCGAUACUAAAGACAGACGUAAUAAACUUUUUUGGUACAGGCAAACUGCAGGACAUUCUCUGGAAGCAGUUGUAAAGCUCAUAAGUCUUGCAAACCCAGAGUAUGGAGCAGGUUAUUCUGACUCGAGAGUAAAAGCUGUACUUACUGACAACGUGAGCAACCUGACCAUUUUAAAAGCAGCUCAAGAAGAUGAAGGAAUGUAUCACUGUGGCUUUAGCGACUGGAGCCAAAAUGUUUGGCGGGGGACCUACUUGUUAAUAAAAGGAAACACUGUGGUGUCUUCAAAAUACACAGUUGUUCAGACGCCAAUAAUAUCAAAACCACUUCAUCCAGGAGACCCAGUGACUCUUCAGUGUUCGGUCCUCUCUAGCUCUGACAGCAAGAAAUGUUCAGGAGAUCUGAAUUUGUUCUGGAUAAGAGCCGGAGACAAAUCUCUUCCAAACUACAUCUACACUGAUGGAAACAGGGAAAACAAAUGUGAAGAGAAACUGGACUCUCAGCAGAGAUGUGUGUAUAACUUCUCUAAGACGGUCAAUGCCUCUGAUGCGACUUUCUACUGUGCUGUGGCCACAUGUGGAGAGAUAUAUUUUGGAAAUGGAACCAAUAUUGAUAUUAAAGAAUCCAGCUUGUGGUCCCAGGAUGCUAGAAAAGUCGUUAUUCUUCUCUCUGCUGCUCUGGCAGUAAGUCUGGUUGUGAUCGCUCUUCUUAUUUACUUCAGCCUGAAAAAUAAAUGCGUUCACUGUACAGCUGAUUCAGAGUUGCAGAAAAACAUCAGCAGACAGAAACCUCAAGAGAGAUGUAAGGAUGGAUGGAUUUACUCUGCAGCCAUCUUUACUACAAUAAAGUCUGACUGGGCAGGACUGAAGAAAGAAGCAGAGAAAGAGAGGAUCUACGCCGCUGUUGAAGCUUUUGGAUUAAAUUGAGGAAAUUGUUUGCUUUAACCUUAAACUAAAUAAAGGAAUAAAUAAAGACUUCUUUUUUGCAAUG